AUCUCAAUUUGUAAUAUUUUUCCUAAAAUUGAAAGUACUAUAUAUUGAUAAAUACAUAGUAUAUAUUGAAACAAUAUUAGAUUGUGGUUAUAGUUCAUAGAUAUCUAUAAAAAUAAUAAAUAAAUAUUGUUUUUAUAUUAUAUUUAUUAUUUUUAUAUAACAAUAUAAUAAAAAUCUAAUAUAAUAAAAUAAUAAAUUAAUGAAUACAAAUAAUAAUUAAAUUUAUAUAAGCUAUACUAUAAUUAUGAGUAAAGACUUAGGUUAAAUUAAUCGUCGUAUAAUGUAAUAAUUAUAUGAAAGUUAUAUUAAAAUUUCAUUUUUAAUUGUAAAUUUUUUUUUAUCUUGAAGUUUAAUCUUAUAGUUUUACAGUCUUUUUAUCAAUUAUUUCAAAUUUUCUUAUUCAUUAUUAAAAUAUAUAUUAACAUAAAAGUUAAAAAAUUUUGAAUUAAAAAUUCUAAAUUUAUUUCUUCAAUAUGGAUUUAAAAGCUGUUGUUGUUUCGGGUGAAGCACCAGAAUCUGAUGAUGAUAGUGCAAGCAUUGUUACUGGUAUAGGAUUUCCAUUUGUAAGAACUCCCAAUUAUUGUGGCACAAUUAUUUCUGGUGAAGCUCCAGAAUCAGAUGAUGAUGGAACAAGUUUAAGCAGUAUUAGUGGAGCAGUUGAUGCUAUGACUUGUAUACCAGAAAUGAAAAUACCAAAAUCAAAAAAAUGUUCCAUAAAAUACAAUAGUUUGCUUCAUAAGAAAUUACAUGAAUGCAAUGAAACUUUGGAUAAGGAUCUUAUACAAAUGGUUGAUGGAACAAUUGGUGCUGCUACUCAAGAAUUAACAACUGUUAAUAAACAAUUGUUAAGAAGUGAACUUAUUCUUCAAGAAGCUGUCUCUCAAUUACGUAGCGCUUGCAAUCGAACAAGGGAUGCUUCCAAUGCACUGCUUCAACUUAUAAAUGAAAAUUUUGUAUCCUCUAUUAAAACCUAAUAUGUGUAAAUAUAUUUUGUUAUGUAAAGUUAUUAUUCAAAUAUAUAAUGAAAAUAUUGAUAUAA